CCAAUGAAAUGCUCUUUGAGCAUCAGUCCCUGAGAAACAAUUCUAUAGGAGCAAAACUUCCGUUGACUUUUGAAACUAAUGCUUGCGAUGACAGUCCCCAACCUCGCUAUCGGAUCCGAUCACCACCCCAUGCCUGUUCUAGGUUUCGGAACCGCCGCAUCUCCCCCGCCGGAACCAUCGCUGCUGAAACAGACGGUCCUUGACGCCAUCAAGCUCGGCUAUCGCCACUUCGACACAUCUCCAAGGUAUCUCACGGAGGAGCCUCUCGGCGAAGCUCUAGCUGAGGCGGUUUCUCUCGGCUUGGUCGGAUCUCGAUCCGAACUCUUCGUCACUUCCAAGCUAUGGUGCGCCGAUGCUCACGCCGGCCUCGUUGUGCCGGCGAUACAACGCAGUCUCAAAAACCUUAAGCUGGACUAUCUUGAUCUGUACCUGAUUCAUUGGCCGGUUAGUUCAAAACCGGGCAAGUACAAGUUCCCCAUUGAAGAAGAUGAUUUUCUACCAAUGGAUUAUGAAGCGGUUUGGUCUGAAAUGGAGGAAUGCAAGAGACUCGGGCUUGCAAAGUGUAUAGGAGUGAGCAACUUCUCCUGCAAGAAGCUUCAACACAUCCUUUCUAUCGCCACAAUCCCGCCUAGCGUCAAUCAAGUGGAGAUGAGUCCAGUAUGGCAACAGAGGAAACUAAAGGAGCUUUGUAAGUCCAAGGGCAUUGUUUUGACAGCUUACUCGGUGUUGGGAUCAAGAGGAGCCUUUUGGGGUACUCCCAAAAUCAUGGAGUCUGAUGUUCUUAAAAAAAUUGCUGACGCCAAGGGCAAAACCGUGGCACAGGUGAGUAUGAGAUGGGCAUACGAGGAAGGAGUGAGCAUGGUGGUGAAGAGCUUUACAAAACAGAGACUAGAGGAGAAUCUCAAGAUAUUCGAUUGGUCUUUGACUGAGGAAGAGAUGCACAGAAUCUCGACAGAGAUUCCUCAGUGCAGAAUCGUCGGGGGUGAGGUUUAUAUCUCCAAGAAGGGCCCCAUUAAAUCUCUAGACGAAAUGUGGGAUGGUGAGAUCUAAAUCACUUGGUGUGGAAGUGACCCAGUAGAUCCCAUAUUGUAUCAUGAUCGUAACGAUUUUACUUGUCAUUCUCUUGCUUCAUUCUUAUGGUCAUCAUAACUUUCACCGAAACAAGGCCAAACAGUGCCAUGUUAAGCUCAAGGGUUAAUUAUAUCAGACCCAUAUAAUGACAAUCUUUCUCGUUGUG